CCAAGAACAAGACCAAAACACCCUUCUAAUUAGAUUGAGUAGGAUACAAUAAAAUUUCUUCUGCUUCAAACCCUCUGCUACAUAGGGCUUUUCCAAACACCUAAUAGGCAAAGUUAGUUAUUCUUAGGGAUAACUCAACUACCGCAUUUCAACUCGGCAAAUAAUCACUUAUCAACCGUUGACCGGGUUACAAGGGCAUAGCAAUUUGUUCGCAUUUACUUGGAUUAAAACAACAACAAGUUCUUCCUAAUAAGUCUGUAUAUGCACCAUUAAUCUUCACUGAAACUCAAAAAAUAACAUUCACCACCCACAACUUAAGCGACUAUAACACCAGCAAAAUCUUGCUAGCUUAAAAGUUGACGAAAGAAAUUAACUAAAUUUCACUUUUGUGUCAAGUCAGAAAGAAGCAACACUUUUUUUAAACAUGAUUAGCAUUCUUUUUAUUGCCAAUAGGCUAUUUAGCACCAUGUCCAGACAGGGACCCAGACCAGUUGUUGUAUGCGGACCCUCGGGUUCCGGCAAGAGUACCCUGCUAAAUAGGCUUUUCAAGGAGUAUCCCAAUACUUUUGGAUUCAGUGUCUCACAUACCACGCGCAAACCUCGACCUGGCGAAGAGGAUGGUGUCCACUAUAACUAUGUUGAGCGCGAUCACAUGGAGGCGGCUGUGGCUAAUGGCGAGUUCAUAGAGUCGGCGACAUUCGGGGGCAAUAUGUAUGGCACCAGCAAAGAGGCAGUGCGCAAAGUACAAAAUGCCGGCAAAGUCUGCAUACUAGAUAUUGAGCCGCAGGGUGUGGAGCAAGUGAAAAAAACCGACCUUAAUCCCAUUUUGAUAUACAACAAUCCCCCUUCAAUUGAGGCCUUAGAGCAACGUUUGCGUAAGCGCAACACCGAAACGGAAGAGUCUCUCAAGAAACGCUUGGAUGCCGCUGCCAAUGAGAUUGCCUAUGGCCUAACACCUGGCAACUUCCACAAAAUCAUUCAUAACGUGGAUAUCGACGAAGCCUAUGAACAAUUCCGUGAAUACAUUGUGGCCGAAUUAAAGGCACAAGAAGCUGCCGGCAUAAAUAUAUGCUGGUAAGAGGCCCCCAUCGGCCCCUUUUUACUCACUCCCAAAGCGCAUUUUAUUGUAUAUUAAUCUCUAAGUAGAAAAGUACAUGGAGAAAUUAAUGUUUGGCAUUUAACUGAAGAAAAAUGAAAAUUACAAUUGGAGUACUUAAUUCAUGUUUGCAUUUUACGUCAAUAAAAAAAAACUUGAAAUUGUUUUUGUUCUAUUCAAAAUUUUCUAUUGGUUUCUAUUGGCUAUGAUAUAUAUACACGCAUGAAACGGUUUCUAAAAAAAUAGGAUAAUAUACACCUUUCGCUUUAGAGUAUAAUUUUUUGGUGUGUGCAUAUACAAUAUUCGAAAGGCUUACUGUGAGAUCUCCUUUCUACUAAUAAGAAAACAUAAAUUCCGACAUAAAAAAACACAUUUUUUUCUACAUGGGGGAAAUCGUUUUAGACAUUAUUUUCUUGUAAGAAAUCUGUAUAAAAUUUGUACAAUAAAAAUUAAUGUAAAAUUGAAAAUAAAAUAAAACAAACAUUUUAAAACACAAA